AACGGGAGUCACCAGCGCCGAGCAGCACUCACCCAGACGCAGACGUUUAAAACCGCUCGGCGAUAAAGAAAACGCUGCCCGAAGGAGCGUCGUGUCAGCGAAGCGACAUGGGGGAUCGAGUGGCUCUACUGCUGCUGGCUGCGGCGGCGUCGGCUCUGGCUGCCGAGGUGCCUACAGAUGUUUCUAUGGGUCUGUUGGCAGAGCCUCAGGUGGCCAUGUUUUGCGGUAAACUCAACAUGCACAUCAACGUGCAGAGCGGCAAGUGGGAGCCGGACCCCUCAGGCACCAAGAGCUGCAUCGGCACCAAGGAGGGCAUCCUGCAGUACUGCCAGGAGGUGUACCCAGAGCUCCAGAUUACCAAUGUAGUGGAGGCCAACCAGCCAGUCAGCAUCCAGAACUGGUGCAAGAAGGGGCGCAAGCAGUGUCGCAGUCACAUGCACAUCGUUGUGCCCUACCGCUGCCUGGUGGGAGAGUUUGUGAGUGACGCCCUGCUCGUUCCCGACAAGUGCAAGUUCCUGCACCAGGAGCGCAUGGACCAGUGUGAGAGCCACCUGCACUGGCACACCGUAGCCAAAGAGUCCUGUGGAGACCGUACCAUGAACCUUCAUGACUACGGGAUGCUGUUGCCGUGCGGCAUCGACCGUUUCCGUGGAGUGGAGUUUGUGUGCUGUCCCGCCGAGGCGGAGCGUGAUGCCGACAGCGCCGAGCAGGACGCUGAUGAUUCCGAUGUCUGGUGGGGCGGAGCGGAGACCGACUACUCUGACAACAGUAUGGUGCGGGAGCCAGAGCCAGUGGAGCAGCAAGAGGAAACCAGGCCAUCUGUGGUAGAGGAGGACGAGGAAGAGGAGGAGGAGGUGGCCGAGGAAGAUGACGAGGCGGAAGAGGAGGAAGAGGACCUACUGGACAACGACCAGGACGGAGAUGGGGAGGAGGAUGAGGAGGUGGUGGAGGAAGAGGAGGAGGAGGAGGGAGACGACGACAUCGUUGACACGCUUGAUGACAGCGAUGAUGCCGACGAGCCCACCACCAACGUUGCCAUGACGACCACCACCACCACCACCACUGAGUCUGUGGAGGAAGUUGUCAGGGAUGUGUGCUGGGCCAAUGCAGAGACUGGUCCAUGCCGGGCCAUGCUGCCCCGCUGGUACUUUGACCGACAGGAGGGCCGCUGUGCUCAGUUUAUCUACGGCGGCUGCGGAGGCAACAGGAAUAACUUUGAGUCAGAGGAAUACUGCCUGUCUGUCUGCAGCAGUGUCAUACCCACAGCCACGCCCAGCUCCCCUGACGCCGUGGACCACUACCUGGAGACACCCACUGAUGAAAAUGAACAUGCCCACUUCCAGAAGGCCAAAGAGAGCCUGGAGGCCAAGCACCGUGAGAGGAUGUCCCAGGUGAUGAGAGAGUGGGAGGAGGCUGAGAGGGAAGCGAAGAACCUCCCACGUGCUGACAAGAAGGCAGUCAUCCAGCGUUUCCAGGAGAAGGUGGAGGCGCUGGAGCAGGAGGCAGCCAGCGAACGCCAGCAGCUGGUGGAGACCCACAUGGCCCGUGUGGAGGCUCUGCUCAAUGACCGCCGCCGCCUGGCUCUGGAGAGCUACCUGACCGCCCUGCAGCAGGACCCACCCAGGCCUCGCCACGUCUUCAGCCUGCUGAAGAAGUACGUGCGUGCUGAGCAGAAGGACAGGCAGCACACCCUCAAACACUUUGAACACGUCCGCAUGGUGGAUCCCAAGAAGGCGGCCCAGAUUAGACCUCAGGUGCUGACCCACCUGCGUGUCAUUGAGGAGCGUAUGAACCAGUCUCUGGGUCUUCUCUACAAGGUGCCCGGUGUGGCCGACGAUAUCCAGGACCAAGUUGAGCUCCUGCAGAGGGAGCAGGCGGAGAUGGCCCAGCAGCUGGCAAACCUGCAGACGGACGUGAGGGUGAGCUACGGCAAUGACGCCCUGAUGCCCGACCAGGAGCUGGGAGACAGCCAGACCGACCUAUUGCCCCAGGAAGACACUCUGGGCUUGGCCGGAGUCGGCUUCAUCCACCCUGAGGUCUUCAACCAGCCUAACACUGAGAACCAGGUUGAGCCAGUGGACUCUCGCCCUAAUCUCGACAGAGGCAUUCCCACACGGCCAGUGACUGGAAUGAAGAUGGAACCUAUUCCUGCGCUGCGCAUGGAGACGGAGGACAGACAGAGCACUGAAUAUGAAGUUCACCACCAGAAACUGGUCUUCUUCGCAGAGGACGUGGGCUCCAACAAGGGCGCCAUCAUCGGAUUGAUGGUCGGAGGUGUCGUCAUAGCGACCGUGAUCGUCAUCACCUUGGUGAUGCUGAGGAAGAAGCAGUACACCUCCAUCCACCACGGAGUCAUCGAGGUGGACGCUGCCGUCACCCCCGAGGAGCGCCACCUGUCUAAGAUGCAGCAGAACGGCUACGAGAAUCCAACCUACAAGUUCUUUGAGCAGAUGCAGAACUGAGGAGGAUGUCACAUAUAUAUAUAUACACACACACACACACACACAUUAAUACACACAAAAACAUCUCCUCCCACACAUCACGCACCUCCCCUUCCCCAUCCUCCCCCUCCAACUAGUCCCACGUCUCCAAAAGGCAGUGUGGCUUAGAUCUUUGAGUGACUGAAAUAGUCAGUUACGAGCAUAUGGAGCGACUGUAGCCAGGGUUUUCUUUCACUCUUGCCUGGGCGGACGCUGUGGCCAAGCCAGUUUGCACCAAGUUUGUUCACUUUAUUGGAGCAAGUCGCCUUUUAAUUAAAGAAAGGGGUUUUUAUAUGUUGCUCCGUCUGGGCCUGCUGAUGUAUGGAAAAAGGCCCCGCCCAGUGCAUCGAAACAAACCCACCCAUAGGGGAAAGAAGCGGGUUCUCUCCACACUGAUUCAGGGCCAGUGUAUAGUUGGGGUUUUUUUGGCUUGGGAAGGUUUUAGGUUUGGACGUGUGUAGGCAAAUCUGACCACUGAUCAGUAGAAUAAGAGGCGCACGCUGAUCUGGGCCUCAUUUACAAGAACUGGUUGCAUGCAGAUGAAUCCGAGUCAUUUUAAAUCAUUCUACAACGUGUGGACUUAUUCAUUUGUUCCAGUCAUAUUCUUUGUAAUGAUUAUAUGAUGAAAUACAGGUUUAAAUCAAGCAACAUGAUUUUUAUAAAUGAGGCCCAAUGAUUCCCUUCCUACUGCACCACUACUGCACUCACUCUACAGUCUACACUGGAGUAUAAGUGAGCCUCCUCUCCCCUCCUCCUCCUUCCCCAUCCUUCCCUUCAUCCUCUUUUCUUUGUGCAUUCUUACGACAGCUGGGCUGUGUUAAGUCACACAAGGCUCUUAAGGAUAUUUGGAGAUGCUGAUGAUAAUGAAUAUGUUGAUGACGACGAUAGUAACUAUGUAUUCUGAAUGAGCUGUUUUUAUUUUAGAGUUUUUCUCUAUCGUUUCCAGUUUUGUUUUUCAAAAAAGAAUGAAAACAGAGAAAAAAAAAUCAGCCAAUGUAAAGUCCUUUUUUUAAAUUGCGUGUAAUGUUGCUGAAGUUAUGCUCAAGUCUUAGCUGUUCCUAUGUAGUGCAUGACAACAAUGACAACAGGAUUUGGAAAAAAAAAAAAACAAGAUCUUAACGCUGCUCUCUCUUGAGAUCCUUUCUCACAUAUAGAUUGUCAUUCUAGCAAGAUUGUACAUUUAGUAUCUUCUCGUGAUCACGUGAUUUCAAACAAUGAUGAAAAAUAUAUAUAAAUCUAGAUGAACAGGCUCUGCUUUGAUAUCAUGUAAAAUACACAUUUAAAAGAGAUCUGUGAUUUUUGGAAUUUAAGUGUGUUUGUCUUUUCUUUUAUUAUUAUUAUUAUUUGAUUUCUUAUUUUUUGAUUUCUUAUUAUUUUUUUUUUUAACCAUGCUACGUUCCUGAAGCUACAGGAGGGGGGCUGGCUUCAUCUCUGUUUGUAUAUGAUUCUCAUUCAGUAAAAUAUAUUGUGUUAAAAAAUCUCAUUCAUAGGGGCUUUCAGAAAUCACCCUAUUUAGUUUUUUUUUUCUUUUUUGUUGGAUUCAUGUUACCGUGUUUUUUGAAAAGGGCAUGUUAGGGGGGUGAAGGUUAUGGGGCGUGGGAAGAGAAAUGGAGAUUAUCUCUGUGUGUGUCUUGUCAUUUUCAGUCUGGUGUUUCGUCCAGUUGUAAGCCGACGCUGUUUCUUUUUUGGUUUUGUAAUCAUUUUGCUUUCUGCUGAUAGAACAGGUGAAGUGCUGAGAGGUGGAAGGAGGAGGAGGAGGAGGAAGGAGGGCGAGCUAGAGAGGAAAUGACUUGCAGUUCCGGAUGGAUAGCCAGCCAGGCAGGUAGUCUGUAUAUAUAUAAUGGAUUUUCACUUCCCCCAGCUUUUCCCUUCCCCUCCCUCCCUCCUUCGCCUUCCUUUUCCUUCAGGCAUGCUGCUCACCUCUCUGCCAUCAACGCACACUUGACUCCUCAGAGGCACAGCACUGGAGUCCGUAUAUAGAUACUAGGCGUUCACUGUCGAGAGGACUGAGACCGAGUCGUGGGCGAGGAUGUGAAAGUAGGGAUCAAAUAUUAGUCUGAGGUAAAUUCAAGCUUGUAGGUGAGAAUCCCCCCGUUCAUCUUCAUACAGUCAGCUCAUGUUAAAGAUUUGUCACCAUCUCAACAUUACAGAAAAAUACAGCGUGACCUCACACUCUGUUGAGACAUCUAAUGGCAAGAAAGAUCUGUGAGAACAGUGAGUGGAAUGUACAUAUGGAGGCUGCAGUGGGGUGGGUCCAUGGUUUUCAGAGGGUGCUUGAUAGAAGCCCAACAGAGGGCAGUAGAGUAGAAGAGGAAGCAGGAUUUUCUUUUUAUCUUUUUCUGUGGGUUAUAUAUUGGUUUUGUUUUCCACUGUGUAAUAUUGUGCAGGCCAUUUGCAUUGACUGGGAAAACGCUUUCUACACUGUAUUCCAUAAUAAAGUUUUGAAUGUACAUACA